UUUUUUUUUUUUGUUUGACAGCCAGAUUACUUCCGGACAAACUUGACAAUUUUUUUGCUACUUAUAAAAUAAAACCAGGCAUUAAAAUGGAUGAACGUGCCUUAGCUUACUUUUCUACUAUAAAUCCCCUUGCUAGAAAAAUUAUUAAAGAUGAGCGAAAUUUAAAAACUGCUUUAAAAAGUCACUGGGAAGAGUUGAACUGGCAGGAACAGGAAGCCUUAGUCGAUGAUUUUAUGGUUGAAAAUUCUGUGAGACAGAAAUAUGCAGACACGGAAAAACUUUAUUCAUAUCAAAAAUCUUUUCCCAAGCUUAAAGUUGAAACAGGAGAGAAGAUAGUGGUUGACUUUGAAAAUGAUUUCUGGACUUGGCAAGAUGAACACUCUGCUCCAUUUAAUUGGAGAACAAAGAGCCAACAAGACCUAACCCUAGAUGACCUUGAACCAGAUGUACUGUGCAGUAAACCAGCUUCCAAAGCUAAGAAACCAGAAUCCAGCAGUAACCAGCCAACAGAACAUGUGGAACAGAAGGCAGCAGAAAAUAGGGAGUUUUCAGUUCAGUCAGGGACCAGUAUUUGGGAAUCACCCUUCCUUCAGGGAGUGAAGAAACCAGACUUCUUAAACAGAUCUAGAAGUACUAGUCCAACAAAGUCCUCGGCAACAUCCAGAGAGUCACUGAUGACAAGCAGAUCUAAGACUCCAGAAGAAGUGAACUAUGCUUUCUCUGGUAGUAUGGAUGAUCUGUCCAGCUCACCAAGCAUUAUAGAUGAAAGGAGUCUUUCGGUGUCCAGUGGGGAGAUACGGGGGACAUCACCCUCACAGGAUACAUAUCCAGUUAAACCUUCAAGAAGGAAAAGAUCAACAAGUAAAUCACCAGUCAAAAAUGUUCUCACAUCUUCAAAAAAAUCAGAAUCUGAAACAGGGUCACACUCACUUGUUUUGUCAAAAGAUGACGAUGAGCUUGCUUUUGAUAAUCCAGUUUUAGGUAAUAAUUGGUCAACAUUUGUCAAUGGCCAAGAUGAAGAGGAAUUAAGUAGCGCCACUCCUUCCCCAUAUAAGAGUUUACUUAAAGAGCCAGAACCGAUUGGGAUAGAUAGGGGUGAAAAUAUAGGUCAGCAGACUACAUUGUUGUCUGGUUCACAUGAUUCCUUUCAAGAUGAGUUUCUUUGUGUUGAGACAUCUAUAGAUGAGAACCAGACUGCUGAUGGUACUGAUGGGCUAAAUGAAUCAAGUCUUUCCAAAACUGGGUUUGAUUUUCUUGAUAACUGGUAACUAGGACAGAAUAAUAAUCAUAUAACAUGAGGCCAGUAAAUGCAUUCUUAAUAAGACUAUAAUAUCUAGUAGAUUAGGACAAACUCUUUAAGUUAGCAUUUUCAAUAACAUUAAGUUUUGUUUUGUUUUCUUGUUUUUUUUCUUGCAAAUUCUCAAGUACUGUUCUUUAGCUCACAAGAGUUUGUGGUGAGAUGUAAGUAUAGGUGGAUGGUCCAGCAUCCAUUUUCCUGCAUCUGUUGUCAACAUUUUUACCUAAACAUCUUAUCCUCUGGAACUACUGGUCAGAAUUGCACAAAACUCGGUCUGUAGCAUCCUGACAAGGUCCACUCUCAAGUUUGUUCAAAUUGUGGCACUAUGCCCUCUGUAGGGGCAGCAGCAGCUAAAGAUCCUUUAAAGGACCUCUUCUGUUGAAUCACUAGAUGAAUCUUCAUCAAACUAGGUCUGUAGCAUUAUUACUAGGUCUACUCUCAAAUUUGUUCAAAAGGGGCACUUAGCCCCUUUUAGGGCUGUAAGACUUAAACAUAGAAAUACAGUUAGACAACUUCUUCUUAUGAACCACUUGAUGGAUCUUCAUCAGUGUAAAGCAUCAUUGUAAGGUCUUCUCUCAGUUUUAAUCAAAUGGGGGUAUGCCACACCAGCCUUGGAUGGGGUAACUACCUGAACAAGACACUAAGGCAUAGGGCUCAUUAUUGGAUGCUGAAACACCUAAAACAGCAAAGAAUUCUGGUCGACAAAGGGAACGGUUGCUUUGGUCAUGGAUUAUGCAAUACAUUGUUUUAGAUCCAUCUGGGUAAACUUUCACCAACACUGUCUUCAAACAUGACUUACCUGAAACACCUCACCACAAACCUUUGUACACUUAUUCGAAACCUGUUCAGAAGUUCCUCUCUCAGUUGUAUAUUGUUGCAAAGGUAGUGAGAGCUCUUCAUUUCCAUGUACUAACUUGGAUGGAGUAGAAGCCUCCCGGCCAUGCUGUAUACUGGUUGCUUGCUGAAAAUAAUAAAGUGCUGUCGGAUGCUGCUCAUUUCCACAUUCCAAUUUGUCACAUUUAACUGAAAAAGGACAUGGCUCAAUCUCUGUGAGUAUAUCUGAAAGUUUGUACAGUUUGUUGUCCUAAGAAGUCAAUUUUGGAAACUUAUCUAAUUUUCUUUUCAAUGUAGACUCUACCAUUUCUGGAGAUCCAUAGCAUUCAUAUAACCUGUCCCACAAAUGUUUCAAGCCCUUUUCAAAUUUGUUUGCAUUUGAUCUUCUUAAACUGAUAGCGUGUUUCUUUAAUUCAGUCCCUAAAUUCUUUGUCAGCAGGUCAAAUUUUCUGCUGGUGUGGUCUAUAAUUCUUGAAUUAUUGACCAAAAGCUGACUUUCCAAAUGAUAAAAGUCUCUGACUAUUCAUCGAAUUUAGUAUAACUCUGUAUUACCAAAUCCUUUUUAUACGCCUGUCUCUGAACGAGCAGGGCAUAAUAUGUGAACACCCUAGGCAGGUGGCAGGCGGUCGGCAUCCAAAGCAUAUCCGCUCUCUAAGUCAAACAGUUUUCAUCCGUUCUUCACCGAACUUGCUGACAAUGUUUGUGGACAUAAUAUCUUGGCUUAGUUCGAUAACCAGCCAAAUUGCCCCAGGCGCUCUUGGAUUAUGGCCCUUGAAUUACUCGAAAAACUGCAAAUUUAGCCUUUUUCGAUCUCUUAAGUCAAAUAGUUUUUAUUCGAUCUUCACCAAACUUGCUGACAAUGUUUGUGGGCAUUAUAUCUCGGCCAAGUCCGAUAACCAACUGGUUCACACCAGGCACUCUUGGAUUAUGGCCCUUGAAUUACCCAAAAACUGCAAAUUUAGAUUUGUCCGCCCUCUAAGUCUAACAGUUUUCAUCUCAGCCAAGUUCGAUAACUACCCAAAUCGCCCCAGGCACUCCUGGAUUAUUCACCUUUGGAUUACUCGAAAUCUGCGAAAUUAGCCCUGUCCAUUCAAACGGUUUUGAUCGGAUUUCAUCCCACAUGGUACCUCAAAAAUACCUUGAUUCCUUCUUACUCUUUUUUUGAGUUAACAAGGCAUACAACAUCAACAUUAUUACCUUUAUGAUACGUAACUGAAUAUUUAGUCGGGCAUAUUUUGUGACAGUCUGGCACUCUUGUUUAUGCAUUUGUAUGCUAAACACAGAUUUUACCAUUCAUGAUUCAGUAUGCCAUAUGUAUAUUCAAGGUCAAAUAAUCAAAGUCAGGUGAGCGACUGAGCCACUAUGGCCCUCUUGAUAUAGUCCAUUAUGGCUAAAAAUGCUUAAGGUGAGUUAUAUACAUGUGUCAUCUGCCAUGCAUCAUAAAAGAAUUUUACUGUUAAUACUAGAGGUCACAAUUUUAGUACAAUCUUUAUGAAACCUUAUCAGAGUGUCUUCACAAAGUCUCACAGGAAUUUGAUUCUCGGUCAUCUGGAGUCCAAAAUUUGGCUAUUAGAUCAAAUAAUAGAAAAGCCUUGUUAACACUCUGGAGGUAACAGUAUGAACUUGAUCUUCAUGAAACUUUGUCAGAAUGUAUGCUGUAAUGACAUCAAAAUGAAGUUUAAAACUUGGUCUUUUAAGUUAAAAUAUGUCACUAGACCAAAUUAUAGGAAAGCUUUGAUAAAAUUCCAGAGGCCAUUUUUCACCUGAUCGUCAUGAAACUUAAUAAGAAUGUUUUUCUCUAUAAAACUAGAUCAAGGUUGUAAGAGUAACAUCUUGAGUACAAAAUUAGAUCUCUAGGAUAAUAUUAGAAGAAAAAAACAGAAUAUCACUCUAGAGGGCACAAUUUCUAAAUGAUGUUAAUGAAACUUUGUUAGAAUUUUUUUCUUUAUGACAUUUAAGCCAAGAUAGAAUCUUGGUCAUCGAGAUCGAAAUUAGGUCACUAGGUCAAAUCAUAGAAGAUGCAUGUUAACACUCUAAAGGACACAUUUCUCCACUGAUCUCCAGGAAACAUGGUUAAAAUGUUUUAUGCAGUAAAAUCUAAGGGAAGUUUGUAACUAGAUCAUCUUGGAUCUUAAACUAGUUGCCAAGUUAAAUCUCGGAGAAGCUCUGUUUACACUUUUGUGAUCUUCGUGAAAUUUUGUUGGAAGAUUUGUCUUUAUAAAAUCUGUUCCAAGUUUGAAGAAGGAUCAAAAAUUAAAUCCCUAGGCAAAAUCAUAGAAAAACCAUAUUAACACUUUAGAUGUCACAUUUUCUGUAUGAUCUUCAUGGAACAUGUUCAGAAUGUUUGAUGUGAUGACAUUUUGGCCAAUUUUGAAACUUGCUUGUCUGAGGUUAAAAUCUAGGUCACUGUGUGAAAUAUUAGAGAAACUUUGUUCACAUUUGUUAAUAUGGUUGGAAUGUUUUUUCUUCAUAAAAUCUAUGUCAAGUUUGAAACUUGCAUACCUUAUGUCUAAAACAAUGCCGCUGGGUAAGUCUUAGAGACUUUACAUUUUCAAUUACUUUUAAGUUUUAUGAAUGAAAGUAUCUUGUCUUUUCAUGUUUGAGAUAUGACAUCUAACAGCCUCAUUUUUGGGAGAAAAUCUCCAUGUAGCAAUAAGGAUGAGCUUAUAAAUAUGCAAUGAAUAUAUGGCAUGACAAAGGAGUUAAUUCUUAUAGAUAACGUCCUCACUGUUUAGUCGAAUUAGUGCUUCCAUUUGUUUAGAAAAUAGUUCAAAAGUUUUUUUUGUAUUCUUUAAUGUUAUGAUUAAAGAUGUAUGAUAAAGUGUCCCAGGCAUAUACUCUUAAUAUAUUUUGUGCAAUAUAAAUUUGUAUGAAUGAUUAUAAUACUGUAACUGUAGAGGUAAAACUGUUAAGAGUUUUUGUUGCCCAAGCUUUGGGCUUUUGUGUUGUUGUUUUUUGUGAUUGGUUUUGCCUGUACUCUUAGUUAUUUUUGCAUUAUAUAUAGAUUUGUAGUCAUUUGCUACUAUACAAUUAUUGCCUUUUGGUGAGGUAAAUAUGUGGAUUUAUCGACCUGAUGAAAGUGAUAUCGACCGAGGGCGCAGCCCGAGUUUAAUAUCGCUUUUAUCAGGUCGAUAAAUCCACAUAUCGACCAAACUUAAAAGGCAACAAUUGUUUUAUUAUUAAAUCCAGUAUAAACAUUAAAUACAAAUAUCUGCAACCUUUGGUCAUUUUUCGCGGUAAAUUGUGUACGACGUCAAACUGUGAUGACGUCACAGCUGGCGGUCAGUAUGUGUUUUUGGCUCCGCCUUCGAGUAAGUACAACUUUUUAUCAUUGAUCAUGUGACUACAUUUAGACUAAUGGAAAGGACUAUAAAUAUAGAUUUAAUAAUAAAGUAUGUUAUCACCCCAUUGAUUUAUUAUUCAAGCUCGGUAUUUAGGCUUACAAGCAAAGUCAAAGCAUUAUCAAGAAGGAAUGGAAGGUAUUUUUGUACAAAGCUUUAUAGGUUGUACAGUAACUCAACAUUAUGAAAAAUAGUAGUCACGAAAUCUUGCAAUGAAAAUGGUUUGAUGGUCUUAGCAUUAUCUUCAGACACAUUGAAACUAUACUGCAUUUUGAAACUUCAUGUCCUUAGGUAAGCAACUAAGACUCACAAGACAUUUUUAUAUGCUGAAGGAUUUACAAGUGUUUAUAAAUGUGUUAUUUUAGAUAGUUUUAUCAAUAUAUUUAUUUAUGGUACUUUCAUAUGUUUGUGUGAUAUGUAAAUAAAUGUACAUAGCCAAGUUUUUGUGUUCCAAAGCAGUGAUCAAGCAUGACUUGUGUAAUGAGGUCAGAAAACAGGCAAAAGGUUUGAAAUUUCUUUUUCAUCAAAAGUGAGAAAACGUGCAAAAAGUUCUUUUAUCAUAGUCAUUUAUCAGUAUUGCUUCAGUAUCUAUUAAAUGCUGUAACACAACAGCUUUUGAGGUAAACAUCAACAACUUUUGCAAGUAUCUGAGUUUGAGCGAACAAAUUUUGACUGUAUCCCAUUUUAACAUGAAAGUAUGAAACAUUUUUUAUUUAAGAAAUUGUUUUGGCUAAGGAGUAUUAAGUACAGCAUCUAGACUCUCAUGCAUGCACUCUUUCAUUUACUGGACACUGACUUGUCUACAUAUUUUAUAAAAAUUAUACAUUAGUCUCUUUUCUUUCUUCAAAUCUUCUCCACAUCUCUGUCAUUUAAACUGUUUUUGAUGUUUAGAUAUCAGUUUUUGCUGACAAUACUGUAUUACUGCUUUUUGAAUGGUCCUAAUAGAACAAGCUCUGACAUUUUCUCCUUUUUGGCAUAUUUUAUCUUUACAGUAGCUUUGUCAGUUACACAAUUUUUACUUCAUAUGCAUAUGAUCUGAUUACGAUGAUUCAUUGAAAAUUUAGUGCUCUGAUGUUCAAAGCUCAAGUGUUUGCUUAGGAAAACCAAUAAAAUAUAGGCAUAUAGAUUUUUAUAUGACACUAGUAAUGAUAGCUGCUCCUGUAAUAUUAAAUUUCAAACCCAGGGAGGUAUGGUUUUUGAACUGUUCUUCUGUAUGUCACACUUUCUUGCAUAUUCAAAUCCUCACACAUUUUCCAUUCAAUUUAGAUGGAACUUGGUAUGCAGGACUAUCUACACAAAAUAGGAAGUGACUGUUUAAAGUUACAUGUGAAAUAAUUCAAAAUAUAGUUCCAGAAUGUUGAUGAGGUCAUAUAAGAAUGUGACAGUUAUAUUGUUUUGCUUGGUUUCAUUACUGAUUGUAUUGGGAAAUGAUCUAGAUACCAUACAUGGUUUUAGAUUUAUUCAUUUACAGUUACCAUUCAAGAUAUUGACUUUAGUCCUAGCAUAUUGGUAGUUAACGAUAAGAUGAUAUACAGAUUGCAAAAAUAGGUAAGUAGGUCAAAGGUUAAGGUCACAAACUGAGCUCAAAGAUCAAAGCUGACAUCAUGUUUCUUGUUCAAAGCAUUACUAAAAGAUGUUCAAGGUUAUAGACGGGUGUUAAUAAGACAAUAUGUAUGUUCAGAGUGCAAAACCUAAAUCAUUAGUACAACCUAACCCUUACCACCAUACUUCAUACCCCCACCAAAUUGCCAGAUUACCUCCACAUACACACACCAAACAAAAAAAAAUAUUUUUUUUUUUAAUUUUACUUUCUUGUGCACAUAUUAUACUAACCAAAAGAUGUGCUGGAUAAGUUGGUAUAGUAUUACAACUCGCGGUAUAUCUACCACUUACAGGUUCUGUUCCAUUUUAUACUUUAUAAUAUCAUUCUGUUAAGCAUUUUACGUAUCUCAUAAAAUGUUAACAUCUUUCUUUAAGAUUAAAGUCAAAGAUAUUUGAAGAUUUCAACAUUAGUUUUGAAUUAUUUUGUACUUCGUAUCAGCUGAUUUUAUCAAACAAUAUUGUGUUCAACAUAUAUUUUUCAUUUAUAUAGGUUGUUUUUGUGAUAUUAAUAUAUAUGUAUAAAGUCAAAUAAAGCACAUUUUGUAUUUUAUUUCAUUAUCGGAAAUAUCUUUACCUGAAUAUUGCAGAUUUUAUGAAUAUUUUACAUUUAUUUAGUAUUUUUGGUAACUGCUGUUGUACAUUUUUUUCGUAUUUACAUUUAUGAAAUUAAAUCAUUAAAUCAUGGAGUUACUGGAUUCGCAUUCCUGAACAGUUCUGAUUUUUUACAUGUCAGAUGAAAUUAACAUCUUUUCUAGAAAUAAAAUUGUAUUUCUUAGUAAA